AUGAUCGUCACACACGAAUUAUUUGAAAAGCAUGAUGAAUGCAAAUUACAUUUGAUUAGUGUCAAACUGGAUAAUGUUCCCGACCAAUUCAAAACCGAUCUUUGCAUUUUCCAAGGACGAAUUUUCCAACCGGUUAUUCAAUUAGAUGAGUAUCUAUUAUUGAUGCGUCCAUUACUCUUGCCAAUAAAAUCACCUGUCUCACCUUCUGCACACUCCUACCUCUCACACUUCCUGCACACUCUUACUUCUCUCACUUCCUGCACCCUGUCACCCCCUGCACCUUCUUACCCCUCUCACCCUCUGCACCUUCUUAAUUCUCUCCCCCUGAACACUCUUACCUCUCUCACCACCUGCACCAUCUUACCUCUCUCACCUUUUUCACCCUCUUACCACUCUCACCACCUGCACCUUCUUAUCUCUCUCACCUCCUGCACCCUCUUAUCUCUCUCACUCCCUGCACCCUCUCACCUCCUGCACUUUCUUAUCUCUCUCGCUUCCCUUCUCAUCAACCCAAAAAAGAUCUCACAUCAAAGGACGCAAGUACUUUUCACAAAUUUUAUAUUAUCUUAA